AAGGACUGACCUGGAAGCCCUUGGGCAAUGAGUCAGCAAAUUUUGUCUUCUGCUUCUUUUCUCUUGUAUGCUUUUAUUUGCUUUGUUAUUUGAGUAGGAGAAAAAAAUCAUUAAUUGUCAAAAUUCUCCAACACUUGCUCCAGUUGGAUCUAUAGACAAUCCUUCCGACUGUAUCUGGCUUUUUCCGACUUUGAAUUGUAUUGGGCUCUAUUCUUGAUGUCUGUGAUGACCAGCCUCUGGUUCCUGGUCAUGAACACAGUGGAAGGCAUGGGUUUCCUCUUAUGCUGUGGGCCUCAAGUUGAACCAGUCACUGGUUGGCCACUUCACAAGUUCUACAUCAUCAUUACCCCAGCACAACUUGGAGGCAGCACAUAUUGGAGGCUCCUAACCACUUACAAGAAUACUGAGGUCCCAGCUUAUGUCCUUACACUUGUGAAGCAAACACUUCAGCUCAGCUCUACCAUCUACCGAGAUUUUGUAACUCAGCUGCUUGCCUGAUUUUCCCACAGAUCCUGUGUCUAUCUUCCUGAAGAUAAGAUGGCAUCUUUCAUUUCAGAUUUUGGCCUUAUGUGGUACUUGAAAGAACUAAAUAAGAAGGAGUUCAUCAAGUUUAAGGAAUUUCUCAUACAGGAGAUUCUAAAAUUGAAGCUGAAACAGAUUUCUUGGACCAAAGUGAAGAAGGCAUCUAGGGAAGAUCUUGCCAACUUACUUUUGAAAUGUUAUGAGGAGAAUCAGGCCUGGGAUAUGACCUUCAACAUCCUCCAGAAGAUCAAUAGGAAAGAUCUCACUGAGAGGGCAACAGAAGAGAUUGCUGAUUCUUCCCCUCUUGGACUCACUGACUCAGGAAACCCAAAGUUAUAUCGAGAUCAUCUGAAGAAAAAGCUGACCCAUGAUUGCUCCAAAAAAUUUAACGUCCGUAUUCAAGAUUUCAUUAAAGAGACUUUCAUUCAGAAUGACUAUGACACUUUUGAGAACCUUCUCAUAUCAAAGGGAACUGAAAAGAAGCCACACAUGGUGUUCCUGCAAGGCAUGGCUGGAAUUGGCAAGACAAUGAUGUUGAAAAAUUUAAUGCUGGCCUGGUCAAAAGGCCUGGUGUUUCAAAACAAAUUCUCUUACACUUUCUACUUCUGCUGUCAAGAUAUGAAGCAGUUGAAGACAGCCAGCCUUGCUGAACUUAUCUCCAGAGAGUGGCCCAGCCCCUCAGCUCCUAUAGAGGAGAUCCUAUCCCAACCUGAGAAACUCUUAUUUAUCAUUGACAGCUUGGAAGGGAUGGAAUGUGAUUUAACCAAACAGGAAUCAGAGCUGUGUGAUAACUGCAUGAAGAAGCAGCCAGUGAGUAUACUGCUGAGCAGUUUGCUCACGAGGAAGAUGCUCCCUGAAUCCUCUUUCCUCCUCUCCACUACCCCAGAGACUUUUGAGAAAAUGGAGGACAGGAUUCUGUGCACAGAUGUGAAAACAGCAACUGCAUUCGAUGAGAGAAGUAUUAAGAUAUAUUUCCACAGAUUGUUCCAAGAUAAGAUCAGAGCCCAAGAGGCCUUCAGUUUGGUGAGAGAAAACGAGCAGCUGUUUAGCAUAUGUCAGGUCCCUCUGCUCUGCUGGAUGGUGGCUACUUGUCUAAAAAAAGAGAUAGAGAAGGGAAGAGACCCAGUCUCUGUCUGCCGACAUAUCACUUCCCUGUAUACCACUCACAUCUUGAAUUUGUUCAUUCCCCAAAGUGCCCAAUAUCCAAGUAAGAAAAUCCAAGAGCAGCUGCAGGGCUUGUGUUCUCUGGCCGCUGAGGGCAUGUGGACUGACACAUUUGUGUUUGGUGAGGAGGCUCUCAGGAGAAAUGGGAUCUUGGACUCUGACAUCCCCACACUUUUGGACAUUGGAAUGCUUGGAAAGAUCAGAGAAUUUGAAAAUUCUUACAUAUUCCUCCACCCAUCUGUUCAGGAGGUCUGUGCUGCCAUCUUUUAUCUGCUAAAGAGCCAUGUGGACCACCCUAGCCAGGAUGUUAAAAGUAUAGAGACUGUCUUGUUUAUGUUUUUAAAGAAAGUAAAAACACAAUGGAUAUUUUUGGGCUGUUUCAUCUUUGGUCUUUUACAGAAAUCAGAACAAGAAAAGCUUGUGGUGUUUUUUGGCCGCAGGUUGUCUCAGAAAAUACAGCAUAAGUUAUAUCAGUGCCUGGAAACCAUAAGUGGCAAUGCAGAGCUUCAAGAACAAAUAGAUGGCAUGAAAUUGUUUUCCUGUCUGUCUGAGAUAGAAGAUGAAGCCUUCCUAGUGAAAGUAAUGAGUUAUAUGCAACAGAUUAACUUUGUGGCUAAGAAUUAUUCUGAUUUAAUUCUUGCUGCCUAUUGCUUGAAACACUGUUCUACACUGAAGAAACUAUCCUUUUCAACCCAAAAUGUCCUGAAUGAAAAAGGAGGCCAGAGGUGUAUGAAAAAGCUACUCAUCUGUUGGAAUGAUAUGUGCUCUGUAUUUGUAAGGAGUAAAGACAUCCAGGUACUCCAAAUAAAAGACACUAGUUUCAGUGAGCCAGCCAUUCGAGUCUUGUAUGAAUCUCUGAAGUACCCCAGCUUCACCCUUAACAAACUUGUGGCAAAUAAUGUGCACUUCUUUGGUGAUAACCACAUGUUCUUUGAGUUGAUUCAGAACUGCAGUUUGCAAUAUUUGGACCUCGGCUGCUCAUUUCUGACUCACAGUGAGGUGAAACUGUUGUGUGAUAUCUUGAACCAGGCAGAGUGCAACAUAGAAAAACUUGUGGUAUCACACUGUAAACUUUCACCUGAUGACUGCAAGAUCUUUGGCUCCGUCCUGAUGAGCAGCAAGACAUUGAAGGUUCUUAAUUUGGCAUACAACAAUUUGAACCAAGGAAUAUCCUUACUGUGCAAGGCUUUGUGCCACCCAGACUGCAUUCUGGAGUACUUAGUGUUGGCCAACUGUUCCCUCAGUGAGCAAUGUUGGGACUACCUUUCUGAAGUUCUUAGGCAGAACAAAACUCUGAGCCAUCUAGACAUCAGCUCCAAUGACCUGAAGGAUAAAGGACUGAAGAUUCUCUGUAGGGCUCUGACUCUCCCAUACUGCGCCCUGAAGUCACUAUAUUUGAACAAUUGUCAAAUCACCGCAAGGGGCUGCCAGGACCUGGCUAAAGUCCUGAGGAACAAUCAGAACCUGAAGUGCUUACACAUUUCAAACAAUAAGCUAAAAGACACUGGUAUGAUGCUGCUGUGUAAGGCUAUAAAACAUCCCAACUGCCACUUAGAGGAUCUACGAUUGGAAGCCUGUGAGAUAACUGGUGCCAGUAAUGAGGACCUUCGUUAUGCUUUUAUGCAGUGUGAGACCUUGCAGAUGAUCAACCUAAUGGGGAAUGCCUUUGAAAUUGUGGAUUACUGACUUUGAUAAUGAAUUCCAGGCAAUUUUGCUUUCUGAGAAAUGGAAAAAAAAUCACUUCUUGACCAUCAGAAGCAGUGUAGAAGCAGAUGCAGAAAACAAGGAUGGAAAUUCUGAUGCAAGAACCAUGGGUGAACAGUCCAAUGAGAUAUGGUUCUUUAUACCUUAUUCAGAUGUGUUUUGCAAGAGAGAUGUGGCUUUUUGUUUGCACUAUAGUUUCAGAGAGGUCAUUCAAAGAUAUUCAUGCUAAAAUGACUACAUUAUAAUGACUUCUUUCCCUACACAAGUUUCUUAACACUCAAUAAAAUGUUAAGUAUCUUUAAAUAAUGCUUUAGAAUCUCU